CAUGCAAAAUACACCAGUAUUUGAAAUAUACAUUAAUAUUUCAGAUAUGGGAUAUUUAGGUAAUGGUGUUAUCUAUAUCCAGUUCUUGGAUCUGCACAAAAAACUAGAAUUUUAAUUUUUUCCCCAAUCAGCAGAAUCAUUAACACCCCUGCUCGAAAACAAGAAAUCAAUCACCGUAGUUUGUUACAGUAAACAACGUCUUUGUGAAGUUUGCUGAUCUCAGGUGGAGAUGAGUCUGCCUACAUGGAUGGGGUCCAGGAACUGUCUGAGUGGUUCUCGGCAAACAACCUAGCUUUGAACACCAAGACAAAGGAGAUCAUCCUGGACUUCAGGAAAAACAGGGCAGAUCCACUGCCCCUCCACAUCAAGGGUGACUGUGUGGAGAGGGUCCCCACCUUUACCUUCCUGGGCACCACAAUCUCUUCUGACCUCUUCUGGACUGAGAACACAACAGCUGCCAUCAAGAAAGCACAGCAGCAUCUGCGUUUCCUGAGUGCUCAGGAAGAAGAACAUCCGUGAGAAGCUGCUGGUUACCUUCUACCGCUUCAGCAUUGAGAGCAUUCUAACCUUCUACCUACAGUAUUCAGUACAACCCCCCCCCCCCAAAGAGUGUGGUGUACCUGAGCUGCUACACCCUUGUGUCUCCAGUUUCACUCUGGUGCCCUUUAUCUUCAAAGAGCCCAUGUUACAUUCCUACACUGGAUACACAAGAAAAUGAGGAAGUAAAACCGAACAAGGAAAUCUUUCUUGCUGCCUGUAACCCUGCUGCCGAAAGUGCCCCUUCAAGGGUGUUGAGAGACUGAGAAAGAGACAGAGAGACGUAGUAGAUGGUGCCUUGGGAUCAGAGGAAUUGUAGACGAGCAGCAGAAAUCUCUGCUGGAGUCUCUGCUUAAGGGCUUGGCUGCGGGCUUUGAGUGAAAGCUUUACACUGCCGCCCACGCAGGCGGAGUGACAGCUUGCUGGGGGCUCAUUCUCACAGGUGGGGUGGGAGGUGGGCCGGUUAGUUGGUCCGAAAGAGCCUGGAAGGUCCUCUUCAGCCUGGACGCCCUGUGCAGGGAUGAGCUCUCUCUCUGCAGACAGGAAGGCACCGCUGGACUAUGGUGUCCAGAUCCGCUUCAUCAAGGACCUGCAUGAAACCGGAGGGGUGUAUCAGGGAGGCAGGAGCAAGGGCAACAGUCCCAGCAGCACCACCUCUAAGUAUGGGGUGGCCGUCAGAGUGCAGGGGGUGUCCGGACAGCCCUACGUGGUCCUGAAGGAGGGCGAGAGGGCAGACUCAUAUGGGGUCCAGCUGAAGGCCCCGCCCCUGAGCCCCGGGGUAGAGGAGACCGUGAACCCAUACAUGUCAAAAGGGGAAGGCCAGCUCCUGCGCCGGGGCCGUUCUCAGGACUCCCUACUGGAGGGGGAGGUCCAGGGGGUCCCACUGAGCAGGCCCCCAGGGGAUGGUCGCUCUGGGAGCAGCGGGAACCUGAGUGGGGGGACUGUGGUGGAGGCAGAGCAAAAGUACAAUAGAGAGGACAGCGAAAAGAACGGGAGCCAUCCUCUGCUGGCAGAUUCCUUCCCAGAACCACCUCCUCCGGUCCACUUUUUGGAAGACCCCACCCCAGCUGUCGACACAAACUCCAUCAGCCCUGUCGACAGGCUCAUCAGCAAGUUUGAUGGUGGUGGCCGUAGCAACAGCACUAAGUGGCGCACUGGAGAGCAGGGCCCUCUGGAGAGCCGCAAGUCUCCUUCCAGUCUGCUCUCUAGCAGCAGUGAGUCGGAUGCCUCCUUGUCCUGCUCUCUUCCUGCUCCAAAUCCAUACGCUUCCCUGCCUUCCUCCUCCUCUGCCUCAUCUGUCAGCAGCCUGGGGAGGAGGUCUGGCUCCCUCUCCAGGUCAAAGGCCGCCUCUUCUAGGCCUGCCUGCUGGUCUCCAAACAGACCUGAGUCCAAACAAGUACAGUCAGUUGCAAGUGAGAUGCAGGCCACUCCUGACCUCCUGAGGGACCAGGGACAAAGUGCAGAGACAAACGGCAAGGAGGACCAACGGAAACAAGCCAUCUACAAUAUCUUAAAAGAAGGGACCAAUGAAAAUGAUGCAUCCCUCAAGCGCAAAGUGGACUUUCUUUUUGAAAAGACGCUGAGCCCAAAGAGCCAGAAGGGUGGUGGUGAUCAGUUCCCCAAGGCGGAGCUGGAGGACUUUCUGGAGAAGAACUUGCGACUGCAGGAGCAACUGGACAAGAUGAAGGCUGAGCUCCAGGAAGCCCAAACUGAGCUGACGCAGCUCCGGAUGGAUAGGGAGGAGGCUGAGGCUCGCGCCCGCGUCCUGGAGGACCAGCGUGCUCAGCUGCAGGAGGAGCUGCGGCAGCUGUCUGAGGGAACGACCCAGACGGACUCACUGAGAACGGAUGUGCUGUCGCUGCAGGCAGAGCUGGCGGAGGCAGCGGCUCUGCGUCAGCGUCAGGAAGAGACCCUGCGGCAGCGAGAGCGCGAGCUGACCGCCCUGAAGGGGGUGCUGAAGGAUGAGGUGGCCACGCAUGACCAGGAGAUGGAGGCCCUGAGGGAAGAGUACAGCCAGGACAUGGAGAAGCUGAGGAGAAGCAUGGAGGAGGUCACACAGUCACAGCUGAGCAUCGAGGCCGAGCGUGAGCGGGUCAACGCCACAAUGCUGUCCCUGCAGCAGCAGCUAGAUGCCUGCAGAGAUGAGACUGACCACUGGAGGGCGCAGUUUGACUCCACCAGGGAUGAACUUCUUGGCACCAAACAAGAGCUCAUGAGUGCUCAGCUGGAGAAGGAUGAGUUUGAGGAGGAGCUGAAGGACCUGCAAGACAGACUAGUGGCCAUGAAGAAACAGAUUCCAGGGCCAGGCAUGCAAACGCAGAACUCGGACCUGCAGACCAACCUCAAGCAGGCCCACCUGGAGCUAGAGAAGAAGCAGGAAGAUCUGGAGAAGACUAAAGCAGAGGUCAUCUCAUUGAAGAAAAACUGUACGAAGCUGGAAGCUGAGCAGUCUGAGACGAGGGCUGAGAUGGACAGACUGAGGGAUCAGUCACAGCGGGACAAAAAGGAGCUGGCAAAAGCCCUGGAGAAGAUUAAGCAGCCCCCGGAGCUGCAGGAGCUGGGCACUGUGCGCGUGGAGACGACCCGUCUGAAGGACAGCCUGGCGGAGAGCGAGCGGGAGCUGCAGGCCCAUAGGGACCAGCUGGGUGCCGCACAAAAGGAGCUGCUUGCCCAGAAGGAAGCCCAGCAAGCAGUGGUGGAGACUAACAGCCGGCUCAGGGAGAGGCUCAGCCGCCUGGAGACGCAGCUCCAAUCCAGCGUGUGCUUGAACUCGGAGGCUGAGCAGGCCCUGGAGGAGCAGAACCAGAGCCUGCGAACCCAGCUGGAGGAGGCGCGGCGCGGAGCAGUGCGACUGAGCCAGGAGCGUGAGGAGCUGAACCGUCGGCUUGAAGAGCGUGAACGUGAGAGGGAGGCACUGCGCCGGGGCAAGGGGGACCUGGAAGAGCAGAAGAGGCUCCUGGACAGAGCGCUCGAGAAGCUCAGCAAGGAGAUGGAGCAGCUGAGUAUGGACUCCAGGCAGGGUGUGCAGGGCCUGCAAGUGCAGCUGGAGGAGCUGCGAGAGCGCUCACGCCGGGAGCAGCUGGAAGGCCAGCGGCAAGCCAAGGAGCGGCUGGCCGAGCAGCAGCGGGCACAGGCCUCCCUGAAGAGCCUGCAGGAGGAGGUGUCUCGGCUGAAGAAGGAGCUUCUGGUAUGCAGUGAGGAGAGGGACAGUGCCCUGCUGGAUAAACAGCUUCUCAGCAACCGCCUCAAACAUCUGGAGGAGGAGUUGGAUGCGGAGCGGGCCUCCCUGUCUGAGAGGGCCAGGGAAGUGAGAGGCCUAGAGGACAAGGUGAAGACCCUGGAGCUGGAGCUUGAUGAAGAGAAGAGUAGCGUAGAGCUGCUCAGCGAGCGAGUAACUCGCAGCCGUGACCAGGUGGAGCAGUUGCGGUCGGAGCUGAUGCAGGAGAGGUCCUUCAAGCAAGACCUGGAACUAGACAAGGGAGCUUUGGAUAGACAGCUGAAGGACCUGAAAUCUCAAGUGGAGGAGCUGAGAGACCAACCACGCCCCACCUCUGGGGUUUCCCAGCUAGAAAGCAGAAUCCAGGAACUGGAGGACAGGCUGCACAGUGAAGAAAGGGAGAAGAGCAGCAUACAGUCAGCACAGCGCCGCUUGGAAAGGAGGCUGAAGGAGGUGAACAUCACCCUGGAUGAGGAGAGGAACCGGCACGCCGAGCAGAAGGAGCAGAUGGCUCUACGUGUGAAAGCGCUGAAGCGGCAGGUCGACGAGAGUGAGGGCGAGGUGGAGCGUCUUGAAGGGCUGCGCAGGAAGGCUUUAAGGGAUGCAGAGGAGCACCUGGAACAGAAGGAUGUGCUGCAGGCCCGUGUGUCUGCCCUGGAGACGGAGCUUAGACGGAAGGCUCAGCAGUUGCGCCGGCCCACCCUGGACUCGACUCUGAGCUCCGAGGAUGACGCUGAGGAUGGCUGCUUCAGUGCAUCCAGCCUCCCCUCCACCCUGAUCGAGCCCCACCUCCAGAACAGCAGCUGCUAGGUCAGGACCAGCGCAGGUUCCCCUGGGCACCCUCUGCUCUCUUGGGUAUUUCCUAGAUACUGUGGUGUCAAAUAGCUUUGGAAACACUGUAUUGUAUCAUUUUAAUUCCACGUAAAAGUUCAAAUAUGUGUUUGUAUUACUUAAUCCGUGACAGGCUGGCAGCGCCUAGUAUAGUCAGCCCUGGCAUUUUCUGUGCAUUUCCACCAGGCAUCACUAUGCUGAGAACUCGCCACACGCCACUGAUUUCUCAGUCUGUGGCCCUGGGAUAUGAACUUAAGCAUUAGGUGUGUAUGAGAAAUGCAGAAGACACUCGGUUUUCUACAGAAGGCAUUAAUCCAAAACAAAUUUCUGUGUAACAUCUUGGUUCCCCGUCCUGCUUGUCAGCACUGCAUUGUUGCUCUGAGAUGUAAUGGUCCACAGCAUGAAGCCCAUUCUCAGGCCAAUAUAUCACCUCUUCAGAUAAGUUUAAUUCUAACCAAUGUAACACAAUGAGUUUUUGUAUGUUUCCCUACUAAUUGGCCUAUUUAUUCACAUUUGUUUCUUGGUGUGUGGCGUCUCCACGCUGUUCUCUGUUCAGUGGCAGUUCUUGUUUGCUGGGGGGUUCGGGAUGCACACUGGCGGUUUGACACGACUACUGUGGUGAUAUGCUGGGAGGGAGACACACGCACACACACACAGAUCUAUAUUAAAGGAGGGUUGGAAGCUGGCUAACAUUAAGGAUGUUAUAGGACAGUCCAGUCCUAGUAGGUCACAAAUGUACUGGCUUUACUUCUGAGGUCUUUGGAAAUUUAACAGUAGUCAGUCAGUGACUGAACUUCAACACUAAUUCCACACCAAAUGAAGCUAAUCCAAAGAAAUUCAUCUCGUGAUGCUUCUAUUAGGCUGACACUUAAACUCUUGCUUUAUAUGGGAAUUUCUCAGUGAAAGAGGCACCACCAGUGUUCAUUUCAUGGAUAAACGUUUUAUGGACAUUAACUGAAGUUAGUGAGACCCUCCUGUUGAUCUAAAAACAGGUUUGACGUGCCCUGUUAUGUAUAUAUAACCACACAGCCGGAUGAGAGAACCCAGAAUAUUCAAGCCUACCAGAAUGUCUGUGUUUAUACAACAUUCCUGCACACACUGACACCUGUAUUCAUGGCUUUUCAUCUCCUUGGUUUUGAUAAAUCCUGAUGCCUUAAAAUUGUGAAAAUUGUUCCUAUUACGAGAUCUGUGCUUUUGAAAUUAAUUGUACAUAUCUGUUCUGUUUGUCAGUGAUUUAAUUUCAGUGUUUGAUUUAAAGACGCUAAGCUGAAUAUAUAAUAUGUAUUUUUAAUGGAAUAAUUCAUCUUGUGGCAAAAGAUGGCAUGGUUUUACAAAGCUGUUGACUUUGUGUUUGUUUUUUUCAAAUAAAAUUUUACAUUCUGAUAAUACUGUCCCCUCUGUCCCAUUAUGACAGUGCCAUUGUAUUUAUUGACACAGUGAAAUAUUCUACGGCAAAUGCUGCCGAAAAUAAAGCAACAAACAUAUAAGGGAUAAAUGUGAA